GGACUUCAGUUUAUUCUACAGGUGGUCAAGCCCUGUGAUUGGUGGAGCUCCAGGUCAUGUGCUGUCUGACUGAUGGUAGAAGCGAUGCCUCUUUUACAGUGUAACAGGUGUGGGCACCUUAAAAUUGCAAAGAUGAAGCACCCAAGCGACAUGCCACCCUACAGCUGCUUCUUCUUCCUCCUCUUCAUCUCUUUCUGGGUCACAGGAGUUCAGUCCUUUUCCUUAGUACAGACGUCAAAAUCACCAUUGGUAUUGGUCAAAGACAACACAGAAAUAUUCUGCACCCUGAGAAAUCAGAAUAUGGACCAGAUAGGCGUUUACUGGUAUAGGCAGACGGCCAAGACUGCAGACGAGCUGGAGUUUGUUGUUUUCUCGUCUAUUCUAAACAAGGUCAGAUAUGGCAGCCUCUUCUCAGAACGCGUGUCUGUGGCCAGGGAAAACUUUCGAAACACCUUCACCCUGAAGAUAAAAAAUGUCGAGUUUACGGACAGUGGAGUGUAUUACUGCAUGGUGGAGAAUGCGGGAAAGGUAGCAUUCGGGAAUGGAACCUCCCUGCAAGUCGUGGAGACGUUGCCCACUACAGCAGCACCAAAGACAAAAACAAAGAAAAAACCUUGUAAAUGUAAGAAGUCACAGACUCCCAGUCCAGUUAUCUGCAGUGCUGUGAUCUGGGCUCCGCUUGCUGGAUUUGCUCUUAUUCUUAUAAUAGUCUUGGGUGCCACUGUUUCCUAUACAAAGCGUAUCUACAGAAGAACCCGUCAGUUCUACAGGAAGCAGUGAGUGUGUUUAUGUUUACUCAUGUUUGUGGUAUCAUGGGCCCAUCCAUCAGAUAAUGGCUGCUGUAACCACAUCACACGCCUGCAGCGAGGCAGCUCCCACUGGCUCAUCACAGUUCAUUACAAGUGCAGCUUUAUGCCAUGAUUUAGAUCAGGUCUCAGAUUCGGUGCUUUUCCAUAUAUUGUCUAAAGAUAAGACUCAAAGUCAAAGGGUUCCCCAAGGCUCAUGUAUCACCCACUAUUAUCGUCUUGAUGAUUCAACUGUGAGAGUUCCCCCUGCCUUGGAUUUCAAGGAAAUCAAAAUAAAAAUCUCAAAAAAGAGAAAUAGAAGUGAAUUGAAAUGGAAAAGUCAUUAAAGACCCCCUUAGAGCACCAUUAGGGCCCCCAUAGCUCCUGUAUAGAUCUGGUUCCUCUGUACUUACACUUUGCAAAGUAGAGCAAUAUUCACAAAUAUUCUUAAAACUCUUCAUUCUUUGUAGCUUGACUUGUCUUGCUGUUAUCACUUCCCGUAGGAAGACCUCAAUCUAAUGGGAAAAAAGCAAUAGAAAUUAUGUAAAUACAGGAUUGUCCUUAAAGGGGAACU